CAACUAUCUGGAAGCAACACAGUCGAGUUUGUCACAAUGAUACUUUAUCAGACCUAUACGCUAUAUCAUAUUUCCAUACACACUCUUAUCGUCAGCGUAGUUAAACAGUACAAUGCAAUGCAAUCAGAGAAAUCUCUGAGAAAGAGAAGAUAUUUAAAAGAUAUAAACAAUCUUCUCAAGCAAGGGGAUACGCUGUAAUGCCUUUUUCGCGAAAUAGUUAUAUUGAUAUAUACUCGUAAGACGCUACCGUGUCUACUAUGUCUACUCGUUAUCUUGAUGAUUUGACGAAUGUAAAUUUGCUGAGUAGUAUACACUCCUUUUUAUCACUGUUUUUGAGCACAUAUUUAAAUUUUUUUGUGCAGUUUAGUUGACUCUAAACAUUUCUUGGCUUAAUGACGUAUUUGUUUACACAUUUCGUAUCAUUUCGCAAUUUCUGUUGUUGUUCAUUUCUAAGAGUAUUUAUCAUUAUUAAUUUAUAAUUUACUUAAUUUUAAAGGGGAUUUAUUUAACUUAAAGAAUAUAUUACUUAUAAAAUACAUACAUAUGUCAAAUUUAUCACUUAUUACAUUCAGUACUAGCUAGUGCAGCAAACUAACUGGGCAUUUUUCCCAUUUAGAUACUGUGUAAUUCUCAAUAAAAAACAAGAACUACACAAUAUGCGAAUGAGAAUGAUACUUUUUUCAUCUUUUCUUGAAUAUCCAGAAGUAACAUUUGAUGAAUAGCUACAGUGAAAGAGAUCGAUAUUAUUAUACAUGUCGAAACAGUCAAAGAACUACCCUAACAAGGGAAAUAAGAGAAUGUUCUUGAGGAGAGCUAUAAUUACCGCAUGUCUGCGAUAUUUUCGGCGGAUCUCUUGUACAAUUACGCUUUUUUUGAUGUCGCAUGCAAGGAGGCAACAAAAAAAUUAUGCACGACUGCCUUUAUUAAUCUUGCAAGGAAAUUGAUGUUACUUAUUCAUCCUUGCAUGACCAGCAUUUCUGUGCAUUACCGAAAAAUGCGCGGCUGGCUUAUUAAUCUUGCAAAAAAACUGAUGCUACCCAUUAAUUUGGCACGAUUAGCAUUUCUCCGCAUUUUCCGCAGUCUUUGAGCGGAAAAGUUUACCUCGAAGCUGGUACAAUACUUUUAUUGUCAGUCUGCUGUACGCCUUCGACUCGCAUCGAAGUCCAAAAAGCCAUGCAGGUAUGGGAGUUAGCUUUAUGAUUCUCAUUGUCUCUGAAGCAGUGAUGAACGCGAACGAUAAUAUAUCUUCCGUUUUUCAGUCACCGGAUCUCGUUCGAGCGUCGAAUAUAGUAACUUGGAACAAAUGGUUCCUGAAUUUCUUGGGUUUAUGCCCGACCAAGGUGAAUCAGCCUGUAUUCGUAGUCGUCAUCGUGUACAUGGUACUUCAUUGUAUCAUAGCUGCGAACCACUUGAUCAGGAACAUCAAUCACCCGGAUCUCGUCGUCGCGAAUUUAACGGAUAACGUGUUCAUAUCGAUGAUACUGGGCAAGAUGAGCUUAUGCAGAUGGAACAGCAAAAUAAUGGCCAAGUUUCUGAAAAGCAUCGAGGCCGAUUUCACAACGGAGAUGUACGGCAAUGUCCGGGAGAAAAUGGCGUACCUGUAUUAUAACGAGAUCGCGCUGAUAUUCGUGAAGGUUUCGAUGUUUAUGACGGGGUUUACCGCAUCGAUAUAUUUCUUUUGGAAAAUUUUUGUAAAUUGGAGCGCAGGAAAUUUAGAGAGUAAUUUUACGAAUUCAUUGCCAUACCCGGUUCAUCCCUUCUUUGAGAUCAAGGACAUAACUACGUACAUAUGCGUCUCCUUCUACCUGGGAAUAAUGUUACCGGUAAUAUUAUGUGGUUACGGUGGACCGGAUGCUUAUGUGCUCAGCAUGUCUUUUCAUAUUUGCGGUCAGUUUGCCGCUUUAUCAUGCAAAAUCGACAAUUUGUUAAGAGACCAUAAAAACUAUCACCGCCACAUCAGUAACAUCAUAUUGAGACAUCGCCAUCUAAUAAGAUUAGCACAAAUUGUAGAAAACAAUUUCAACAUGAUGUAUCUACAGCAAACUGUGUGCAGUGUAUUCUUACUCUGUUUAACUUUGUAUCAUAUGAUGGCGAAAUCAGACUAUGAAGAAAAUUCUAAGAUUGCACUCUACGCGUUAUAUACAUUUUGCGUCAGUGGUACAAUUCUCACUUAUUGCUAUACAGGCGAAUGUCUCCUUACUGAGAGCGUCAAACUGCGCGAGACAUUUUAUAAUACCGAUUGGUACAAUAUUUCGCCAUCAUAUGCAAAGUUAAUCGGCAUUUGUUUGAUUCGAUCUGAAAGACCAAUGAUAUUAACUGCCGGAAAAUUCUGCGUAUUAUCAUUAAACACAUUCACAAGUAUUGUGAAAACAUCAAUGGCGUAUCUAUCCGUGUUACGUAAUUUUAUGUAAAAAAAUUUCUAUAUAAAAUAUUUUAUUAAAAUUUAUUUGCAGAAACAUAUAUAAAAUAAUC